CUGACGCUUCAGCUGCGCUCAUUGAUCGCCGGAGGUCCGCUGUGUUUGGAGCUCUCGCUGCGCUGUGCCGAAGACAGAAGACGCUUGAGGGACUGCCCGUGAGAGUUUAUUCCAGUUUAAACCUCCUGCGCUGCUGCUGGAUUUUACUCUCUGAUCUGCGGCUGGUAAGUCAUCAAACAGCUUUGACAUGGCCAAAAGGAAGAUGGAUAGCAUCGGGCAGAGCGGGAUGAUGGCACUCAUCAUACUGCUGUGUAAUCUAACAAAGCUUUUUGUGAAGGCAAGCCUGGAGGUCAAUGAAACCCAGCAGCAUCAUCCAACCAACGUCUACCACGACAUGGGCGUCACCAGGAACAAGAUAGUUACUGCACAGUUUGAGUGCUAUCAAAAGAUAAUGAAGGACAGUACCCACAGCAGAGAAGAGCCCAUGUGUAAUCGCACUUGGGAUGGCUGGCUGUGUUGGGACGACACCAAGGCAGGUGUUUCCUCAGAGCAGCACUGCCCGGACUACUUCCAGGAUUUUGACCCUUCAGAAAUGGUUACAAAGAUUUGCACUGACAGCGGCCAUUGGUUCCUGCAUCCAGAGAGCAACCGGACUUGGACGAACUACACCCGCUGCAAUGAACACACCAAUGAAGGCAGAGUGACUGCAAUGAAUCUUUUCUACUUAGCUCUAAUAGGACAUGGACUGUCACUGACCUCCCUCUUCAUCUCACUCGGAAUAUUCUUCCAUUUCAAGAGUUUAAGUUGCCAAAGGAUCACGCUUCACAAAAACCUCUUCUUCUCUUUCGUUCUGAACUCUGUGAUCACCAUCAUUUGGUUGACAGCAGUGGCAAACAACCAGGAGCUGGUGCAGAGGAAUCCAACGAGCUGUAAAGUGUCCCAGUUCAUUCAUCUGUACCUGUUUGGCUGCAAUUACUUCUGGAUGCUGUGUGAGGGAAUUUACCUGCACACUCUCAUCGUGGUGGCUGUGUUUGCCGAGAAGCAGCACCUGAUGUGGUACUAUCUUUUAGGCUGGGGCUUUCCUCUCAUUCCGGCCACCAUACAUGCUGUUGCUCGCAGUUACUACUACAACGACAACUGUUGGAUUAGCUCCAAAACAUCGCUCCUCUACAUCAUCCAUGGUCCCAUCUGUGCUGCUCUGUUGGUCAAUUUGUUCUUUCUACUAAACAUUGUGCGAGUGCUCAUCACCAAACUGAAGGUGACCCAUCAAGCGGAGUCUAGUCUCUACAUGAAAGCUGUGAGAGCCACCCUCAUCCUGGUGCCUCUUCUGGGAAUUCAGUAUGUCCUGCUUCCCUACAAGCCAGAGGGGCGGGUCUCCUCUGAAAUCUACGACUACAUCAUGCACAUACUGAUGCAUUACCAGGGUCUGCUGGUGGCCACCAUCUUCUGCUUUUUCAACGGAGAAGUCCAAGCAGUUCUGAGGAGGCACUGGAACCAGUAUCAUAUCCAGUUUGGCAGCAGUGUAGGAAACCACUCCGAUGCCCUGCGUUCAGCCUCCUACACAGCUUCCUCCAUCACUGAGGUACAAGGCUGCUACAGCAUCGACGGCCACACAGAACACAUGAACGGCAAGGGCUACCUCGACGCCGACGCCUCUAUCUUAAAGUCAGACAGCCCCUUCGCCUGACGACAGCACUCUUCCCAAGCCCUUUCUCCCCCUUCCCCUCUUUAACAACUGCAGCAUGUUCGGAGCUCCAUGGCAACCAGGGAGAACAACAACUCACAUAUUCCUAUAGAUACAAUGUCAGAAGCAAUGCGUGAGGAAAAAGAUUUUCUACCCAGGCUCUCGCCCACCUGAAGAAGCGGUCACCUCUCUUUCACACCGACACAGGCCCCUUUAACAGGACUGUAUGGUGAACUCGAAACAGCUGUGCUUUCUCUACAGAUUUCAACUGAACUGCUUCACUUGGACUAAGAUGCAUUCUGAGAAUCACAAUGUUGUUGCGAUCUUUCUGCCUGACCACAAAAUGGUUUUGAAAUGGAUGAGUAUUAACUGCUUGACUGUCCUUCUGGGAUCAUGUUGUGCACAAACAGCCUUUGGUUACACUGUAAAUUCUUUUGACAUGGUUAGUGCCAAACCAAGAAGUCUUUGCCUCAUUUCUUUUUUAUUUUCAGUACAAAAUCAGAACGACAGAAGGACAUCUAACAGGUGCGUAAUAAUAUAUUAAAGCUAUAUUAUAUCUUUCACAUGUUAAACUUAAUUUAUCUGAACAUAUUCUUGUUCAUUAAAUGAAAAUUAAAUAAAUACCAUACAGUAUUUAUUAACGUCGACAUUCUACUUUUUUUUUUCUUCAAAAAUAGUCAAUUAAAUACCAAUAUGACUUGUUGCCAGCUUCAUAUAAACCUUCAAUCUUGUUUGUUUCAGUGUUUGUUUCCAUGUGUGUAGUUAAUGCAGAUGAUUUACAGAAUCGUACCGUUAGCUUGCAGGCUUCAUUUUUAGAGAUUUCAUCAUGCUAAUGUUUGAGCGUGUUUAAGUGAUCCUUACUGACAUGUGCAUCUUUUGUAUUAUCACCAAGAAGCCAUCAUGAAAUCACGUGUACUUGGGUAUCUAGUCAUUACACUCGAAUGUAACAGUGAAAUCUGAAGACCUGGCUCUGAACAUAUAUGCAUCACAUUCCCAUUCACUGUUGUCUUUAGCCUUACUCUUUUCAAAUUACAUAGAUAUAACCAGUAUAUAAGCAUUACCGGGUGUUCAGACCGAAAACAGCACUGUGUUAAAACUGCAGGGGGCUGCGUUGGUGUAGGAAACAAGUAAGAAAAUCAAAUACAAUCCAGGAACGGCAGUUGGAGUGAAACAUCCGUGACUCUUAAAGGUCCAUAAAGUCCAUUUUUAUGCAAUACUCACACACCUUUGAAAGAGUUUUGUAAUAAAAAGGCCAAUACUUGAGAAGGUACCCAUCUUAUUAGGUUAACUCACACAGCUGAUGCUUCAUUAGCUUCGGCUGGUGCAAUUUCAGUGGCCAACAACUCUCCCGGCGUGCAUGCGAGUACUGUAUUAAGAUAGACUUGACACAAUCCGAACAUAUCCUUCAAGACUGAUCAAACACAAAACACCAGGGAAUUAUAAUACUGAGGAAAAAAAAGUUAUGCUCUGUCUCAAUGAUUGUGAGGUGAACAGUAGGCGAUGUGAAAAAGGAAAGUUAAAACUUUCUGCGGAGCCCGCUGCGACACAGCUAAUGUCAGUCUGAACACAGCCUUAUUCAACAAGUACAUGUGAUGAUAUCAUCACAUCUCAGAUGAAGAAACUGCAAAAAAUAACCAUUCUUUGUAAAGCAUUUAGCUAAAGCAGACUGUAUCUAAAGGUGGUCAUUGCACUUAUUUACAGUUAUGCUGUCAUUUCAUUCACCCAAACCCAAAACCUUUAUUUACUUUUCCUUCAUUUUAGAACAUUUCUUAACACAUUGUCCACAAUGCUGGGAACAUAAGUCACUAUCGGCUGAUGUAAAUAUUUUUAUAACUCGUGCGAAUGUGUGUGUGUGUGUGUGUGUGUGUGUGUGCGUGCGCGUGCAUGAUUUAUAUAUACAGUAUUUAUGAGUGCAUUAUACUCAGAAGCAUUCAACCAUGAAGCAACCGUCUUAUGUGACAGUGUGUGGGACGCUGAUAAUGAAGUUGUUUGUUCUACUGUGUAUCAAAAAGGGAGGGGUGGGAAAGCUACUGUAUCUGUCUGCCCAUAUUAUUUGCCAUCAGCCUUCUGUCACCUUUUUAUUUUGUCUGUAUUUGAAAGUGAAGAAAGAAUAGUACCUCUUCAUUCUGUGUAAGUUAUCCAUGCCUUAGUAUCAGGACAGACAUACAUAUAUUCACUGAAAGAAAUAAGUCUUUAUAAAGGACAUGUUAUCUUUACUAUUUCAAUUUUAUUAUAUAAUGCAGAGUACUGAAAACCAAAGUGUCACAAUUUCCAUGUUUAUUUAAUAUUUUUCUGUCUGUUCCUUUGGAUACAGUAAUUCUCUGAGUAUGAGGCGGAUAACCACAUUUUUUAAUCUUUCACGUGCAGUCCAAAAUUACCACCUUCCAAGUAACUUUUAGCUUUACCUUAACUUUUCUCAUCAGUCUUUAACACAACUAAGGUUAAUUAAAGCACUUGAUUAUACACACAGGGAACAGUGACAUAUUUUAAAGAAACCUAAAAAGUAUUGUUAGCUGCCAAUGUUUGAGCUAAAUGGUUCUUUUCAGAUACAGGAAUAUAUUCACAGUAUUUCUAAGCAACAGGUAUCAUGUAAAAUCCGGCUGGUGUGUCACGCAUACAGUUUGUACUUUUUUUUAUGUCAAAUCUGCAGGAUAGUUUCUUUUUAAUCAUAAACUAUACGGUCUACAUUUAUGUCUGUGACAGUACUGCUUUUCAUUUACUCUGUAGUGAUGCAUCAUAAGCAUUUAUGAAGCUAGAGUAAUUUCAUCACAACCGUGGAAAAGCCAGAGACUUUUGGCAAGUGUAGUAACUCUUAUGUACCAUUUAAGUUGUGUAUUUAUGUGUGAAAUGUUUUUAUAUGACUCUCCAAAGGGUUCGUGUUGUCCUCAGUGGCACUUUGGUGACAUGUUGUAAAUGAUGACAAAUGCGUUAAGGACAAUGUCUGUAGUUUUUGUUCAUACUGUGCUGUAUUUAACUUUGCUAGUCUUGACACAUUGACUCCACACUGCUGUUUGAAUGUAACUGGUUGUGUUUUAUUCUGUGGAUGUGAAAAACACACACACAUAUACAUACACACACACAUAUAUAUAUAUAUAUAUACACACACACAAUGUUUCUUUUAAAUUAUUUUACUGAAUUAGACAAUGUUGCUGUCUUUGUGUAUCUGCAAACUAAUACAGUAUAGCACAGCACCAGCCGUCAAUUCUAUUUACUAUUUGCACAAUAUUGCUGCGCACACACUGUCACACAUGUUUUCCCUUUGGAUUUUGUGUGAAGUUUGGCCCAGCCCAAGGAUUGUUAAUUGCCAGUGGUCCAUGUUUACUGCAUACACUCGAUGUGCACAACUGUUUUUUAUAUCGCAGUACUACACCUAAAGUAAAUGUGCCAGUAAAUAAGAAGCACAACUCAUAAUUUCACUCCAUUAUAUGUGCAUGUAGUUUUCUGACCAGGUUAUUAAAGGUCCUGUCCUCAAUCUUCAACCACACAAGCAAAUCCACAUAGCAGAAUUUUUUAAAACAUUACUGUGGUGUUUAAUAUCCUUCAUGUUUGUCUCACUGACUGUAUAAAAAUGUGGCUUAAGUGUCAAAGUCAAGUCUGCCAAAAGGGUCCCCACAGUAACUGUCACAAGGAACAGACAGGCUUUUAGUUUUAGGUCAUUCAGGUCCUCUAUCCCUUUUUUAGUGAGUAGUUUUAGAAAAGUCUAUUAAAACUAUGUGAUAACACCUGAUUAAUACAAAUGAUCCAAUCCCACUUGUGAGCAAUACAUUUACAGAGAGACUGUGAGGAGAAAUGUUCAGUACAGCAGCCCAUUUCAAAUGUAUAGACAGAAAAAGUAUAUAUAUCAAAAAGGACUGCCCUCAUCUGAAAGAAAGCAGUUUGCAGAUACGUUGCAUAUUAAAAGCUGAAAUAGAAGAUGGUGUGAAAUAUUUGUUUAAUAGUACUGUGUCCCUCAUGCGCAUUUAUUUUUUCCUAUUAGGUCUCAUCUUGACCUCUCGGGCAGUUAAAACAAAUGAAACACAUUAUUGGCCAAACGAUGGUUGGGUGAUAAUUCAAUAUCAUCUUUUAUUGUGUCACUGUAUAUUUGUAUCUCAUAAUGUAUGAAGAAAGUUACACUAGAUUAAUACCCUGCACAGCAUGAACAGAACAGUGUGUUCUAGUAAAACACGCAAAAAAGGUUGACUCUUGAUCGUGCAUUUUAACAUCCUCCAUGUGAUUUCUGAAUACUUUUCUAAAUAUUUCAACAUCUUUUAUGAAAUACAUGAUGAUCUUCACAAUUUUGUCUACGGCAGCCUCCCUUAACCUUGACACAGAGUAACCUUCUCGCUCUUGUAAGCUCUGUCACACCUCACUUCUUCGGACGGUAGGCCUACAUCAAUUUGGAAUUUGGAAAUAAUAUUCAAAGGCAAGACAGUGCAAGGCUUAAUGUGUAAAAUACAUUAAUAAUACUGCUACUGAUAAUACAUUAUUAAUAAAGAUUUCAAAUGAG